UUCUGUCCUUUCUGUUUCUCUUCCUUCUGGCAUUCAGACUGAGGCUUUUCAGGCUAUUCAGGCCUGGGAGUUUUAGCAGUGAGGGAAAUCUCAGAGCAUCUUUAAGCAUCCUCCACCACCAUUUUGGUUUUCUUUGACUUGAGGCCUUUUCUACAGGGUGCAGGUCUUUGACUUUUUCCUGUGCAGUUUUGUUCUUCAUAUGUGGUAUUAGGAACAGCCCGUCAAGAAAAUGCCACGUUCCUUUUUGGUGAAGCAACUGAAGGUCCACGAUUUCUCCUCCUCCAAUCAUCCUCAUCAGCAUCACAACGACGGAUCAUACACACUCACACGUGCCAUCACUGAGUCCACCACCAACUUGGCGGUCCAUUUGAGUGAAAAUGGCUACAUCCAGGAUUAUGUCAUCCCCUCAAUAUGCCAGAGCACAAAGGAGCUGGGUUCGAAGCAGCAGACCGGGCUCUCUGUGGGGCCCCUGUACUCUCCGGGAAGCACGGGGAGCAGCGGGGGGGAGGACUACUCUGACCAUGACAUGGAGCAGCCCGACAGCCCCCACUCGAGCGUCACCACCGACUCGGAUAGCAGCAUCUACUACCCAGUGGAUACUUUCCUCAUCUCCGAUGGCCGCUCUCGAAAAAGGGCCAACCACAGGCACCAACACAAGGAAGGUGAAGAGAGAGAUAGCAGUACAGAAGAAAGCUCCACAAGAGCCACAGCGGCUAAGGCUGCCAAAGGGAAUUCCGGGAAAUCCAAGGGACCGGGCCGCCACACGUGUGGCGAAUGUGGCAAGACCUACGCCACCUCAUCCAACCUGAGCCGCCACAAGCAGACGCACCGCAGCCUGGAUGGCCAGCAGGCCAGGACGUGCCCCACGUGCCACAAGGCCUAUGUGUCCAUGCCGGCGCUGGCCAUGCACAUGCUCACCCACGACCUGCGGCACGAGUGCAGCGUGUGCAGCAAGGCGUUCAGCCGGCCGUGGCUGCUGCAGGGUCACAUGCGCUCGCACACGGGCGAAAAACCAUUUGCCUGUGCCCACUGUGGCAAAGCUUUUGCGGACCGCUCCAACCUGCGUGCCCACAUGCAGACGCACUCAGCCUUCAAGCACUAUGAGUGCAAGCACUGCAGCAAGAGCUUUGUACUCAAGUCCUACCUGAACAAGCACUACGAGUCGGCCUGCUUCAAGGGCUCUGGAGACGAAGAGGACUGCUGCUCUGAGGACUGAUCAGGGAUCAGUUUAUUUUCUAUUUCAGCUUAUUUAUCCAGGUCGGUUUCACUGAGAUAACAUCUUCUUACAAGAGAGACCAGGGUUGUGUUCAUUAGGGCAUAUAACAGAAAAUAUUUUAAAAUGCUUCGUAACUGAAAGCGAAAAUGAGGGUUUCUUAUUGGACAAAUCCAGGUAGUCCCUCUCCUUGUUUCAGUCCGAUUUCUUCCAUUCAGUGCCUAAUAAACACAACCCUUGUCAAAGAGAGCACUCCUCAACACUCAUCUUCCUCUUCCUGCCUUUUGGUAGAGAGCAAUAAUAAUGGCAUUGAGGGUUGUUCAAGAACAUAGAAGAUAACUGAUGAUGAAGACUGAAUAACUUAUAUAUUUUUUUCAAUAUUUAUUUUAUGAAUUCUUAUUUAUUUACUUGCAAUAAUUUACAUUCCAGUAUUAUUUUAUAUGCCAAUUAGCUCUUAAUUCCCCUUAAACAUGUCUUCCACAAGAGACAUAUUUGUUUAUUUAUACAUUUUUUAAUUUAUGUAUUUAUUUAUUUAUCAAAUUAUGAAUUGAUUGGUUAUGUUGUGAAUUGAUUUGAUUUAUGAAUUGAACAUCUUAUAAAAUUCUGUAAUAUAUUUCUGAGACUAAGUAGUGCUAUAUCUGAUCUCAUUCACAAUAGUUGUUGAUAUAUUUGUGUUCUACGUAGGAAAUUAUUAAUAUGCCCCUUUGUUUUUGAAUCUAUGCAAAGGAUGUAAUUGUAAGCUACAAUGUGAUAGUCAGACAUGUAAAGACAUGUAAAGUCAAAUUUUUAUACCAUUAUUAAGUAUUGGUACCAUUAAUUAUUUGCCCUAUGUAGGUCUACAAUACAGCUGUUGAAUUUGAAUUGUCCUCAACUUUGUAUGUAAUCAUGAAAAGCCUUGAAAAAAUGCCUUGAACU